CGGGCGGCGGAGCAGGAAGCGGCGCGGGGCGGGCGGAGCCGAGGGGUCCCGGUGCUCCGGGGUCCCGGUGGCACGGGGGGGGGGGACACCAUGCGGUGCGUCCUGAUCGCCAGCAGCGCCGCCGAGCUGCUCUUCUACUGGGCUGAUGCCGCCUUCCUCCGCCGGCUCCGGCCGCCCGCCGCUGCCGCCGUGCAGGGCCCGGCGGUGGAGGACAGCCUGAACACGCUGUUCGCGCCCCUCAUCAUCUCCUGCACGGCGCUGCUGGAGAAGCUGUCGGACACCUACACCUGCUUCAGGGCCGAGCACGGGCGGCACCUCCACGUCCUGCACAUGUUUGGGGAUUGCUUGUACAUCGCGGUCAACGGCGACGGGACGGAGAGCGAGGACGACCUGCGCAGGACGCUCUUCGUGCUGCGGCGCCUGGUGGAGGCUCACUGCGGCCUCGUCACACUCGACUCCCACCUCAUCCGCAAGGAGUUGCGGCCGGCCGAUUCGGAGCAGCGGGAGCGCGUCUGGAGCCUGCUUCGGGGCCUGCUGGAGACCUACCUCCGCCUGCGAGAGGAGGACCAGAGCUUUGCUGUGGAGGCCGUGGAGCGGCUGAUCCACCCCCAGCUGUGCGAGCAGUGCAUCGAGUUCCUGGAGAGGCAGGUGGUGCAGUACAUCAACGCCAGCCCCGAGCGCGGCGGGGACGAGGUGGGACAUGCCUUCCUCCUGGUGCACACCAAGCUGCUGGCCUUCUACUCCAGCCGCAACGCCAGCUCCAUCCGCCCCGCCGACCUGCUCAUCCUCAUCCUCCUGGUGCAGGACCUGUACCCCAGCCAGAGCGCCGAGGAGGAGCUCGGCCCCCAGCCUGAAGCAGGGAAGGUGUUGCCUCAAGGACCCAAGAGAAGCGACAGCAUCCCGGUGAGCAGCCCCAGCUCCCGCGGCGGUGCAGAGAAGGAGUCAGACGAUCAGGACACAGAUGAUCUCUCCACACCCGAGGUUUACUACACGCCCCAGCCCUCGCCAGGCAGACAAAGCACGGGUGAGUGCCUGGCUGGGAAGGAGCCGUGCGCCGGUCCUGCAGCCCCACAGGGGGUCUGGGGGGGGGCGUGGGGGACUGGCAGGCAGAGCAGAGCUGCUGCGUUCCCUGCAGGCAGUGAGAGCUGGUCCGAGAGCCCUGAGCCGGCGGCUGCUGGGGAUGCAGACUCUGCGGAUGUCCAGGUGGCAGAGGACCUGCUCCAGACCUUGGAGCCUCUGGUUCCUGAAGCUUCAAACCCCAGGAGGAUCUUCCUGGAUGCCAACCUGCGGGAAGGCUACUGCCCCUUGCUGCCCCACACCAUGCACUGCCUCCCGCUCUGGCCGGGCAUCUCCCUCGUGCUCCUGACCAAGGUGAGCUGUAAGGUGAAGGCAGCGGAGCUGGGCUGGGUCCUGCCUGACCUCUCUCCCUCUUCUACAACAGGGCCCUACGACCCACGUGGCCGUCACCUUGCACCAGCUGCUGGAUGGGUUCUUGCUGCUGGAGAAGAAGCUGGAAGAGGGGCAGGAGGUGGGAGCCCCCCGCAGCUUUCCCAUCCUGACCGAGCUGCGGCAGCGCAUGGACAAGUUUGUGAAGAAGCUGAGCGGGCAGGACAUCCAGUUGCAGAACGCCUGGGUGGAGUUCAAGAACAAGAUAUUCUCCCGCAGCGAGCCUGGGAGCAGCCUGGAGCUGCUGCAGGCUCUGGGCACGGUGAAGCGGCAGCUCUGCUCCGUGUACCGCCAGCUCUUCCUCAGCUCCGCCAGCCAGAGCCUGUCGCAGGGCCUGCGGGACCGUGCCCAGAAGCUGAUGAGGGAGAAGCUGCUGGACUGGCGGGACUUCCUGCUGGUGAAGAGCAGGCGCAACAUCACCAUGGUGUCAUAUCCCUCCCCGCGGCUCGGGCGGGCCGGGACCCCCGCAGGGUGGGCGGAGGUGGGCAUGUGGGCAAGGUGAAGGCAGUCAGGGGGGCUUCCCCGGGGCCUGGGGGCUGUCCCAAAAGAGCACUGAGGUUGUUGGAUGCCCUUAACCUGCCCCACGUACCUGGAGGACUUUCCUGGCCUGGUGCACUUCAUCUACGUCGACCGCACGGCUGGGCAGAUGAUGGCUCCGUCGCUCAGCAUGGCGGAGAAGUCCAGCUCGGAGCUGGGCAAGGGGCCUCUGGCCGAGUUCGUCAAGAGCAAGGUCUGGUCCCUGGUCGCGCUGGCCCGGCGAUACCUGCAGAAGGGCUACACGACUCUGAUGCUGCAGGACGGCGACUACUGCUGCUCCUACUUCCUCUGGUUCGAGAACGAGCUGGGCUACAAGCUGGAGGUGAUGGAGGUGCCCGUCCUCUCCGACGACUCCGCUCCCAUCGGGAUGCUGGCAGGAGACUACUACAGGAAGCUGCUGCGCUACUACAGCAAGAACCACCAGGCAGAGGUGGUGAAGUGCUACGAGCUGCUGACCGUGCACCUGGGCAUCAUCCCCUCCGAGCUGGUGGUCCAGCAGGCCUGCGACUUGGCCCGGCGCCUCUGGGAGCCUUCCCGCAUCCCCCUGCUCUGAGCCGCCCCCGGGGCUGGGAUUAAAGCGGGUGCGGAUGUU